ACUGGGAAACUUGACUGUCGCUGUCUUUCUGUGGUCUGCACGUGUGCGGCAGUACACUUAGGAUUUGGGACAAUUUUGCCACGGAUUUGUGUCUUUUAGAACUAAUAGGUUCCCAUCGACGCGUAUAGCCUAAAGUCGGAGAUGCUGAUGUCGUGUCACGACGAUUAAAAGAGCAGAGAUGUGUUUAUUUGUGCUAGCUAACAGCAAAUGUCUGGGAUGCUAACGCUAGCUAAGCCGGGGAACAACAUGUUCAGACUUGUUCCCAGACAAGCUGAAGGCGAGGGAACAACGGCACACACACCCUCAGUAAACCUGACAGUUAUUUUAAUUUGUUAGCAACAAACAAAAUGGAUUACGAGUUCCCACAGCAACUUUUUCCGUCCUUUUACAACUGCGGACCGCCGGACUCUCUCCUGAAGUACUCUAACGGUGGAAACUGGGGCUGUUACGGCCGAGUCAGACCGCAGGGGGGCUCCGGUCCUCUCUCCAGUUGGACAUUUACAUCUAGUCAUCAGGUCAGAGGGGAGACUUGGCGUCAGACUCAGCCUGUACCGCUUCCCCUCCUGUCUCCUAAAAACUCUUGGCUCUGGCCUUCAGAGCCUCCAGAUCCACAGGACUUCACCCAACAUAUGCAUAACUUCUUCAUGGAUCACGGCCAGGACGCCUUUGGGUGCAUGAGUGAAAUUCUGGGUGAAAACUUCAACUUUAAACAAGGACGGAGCGAGAGAUAUCGGAGGAAUUCAGUCUCGAUGUGGAAAGUGAAAAACUUCCUUGAAAUGCUGAAGUCUAAAAUAUGUCAUCAGUCAUAUUUCUCCAUGUCGCUGGACAUGUACAGCGUCCUUCUGUCAGACGUGGUGCACUCUGUCCCUCCUGAGCUGCUAGGUGCUCUGCUGUACGAGGAGCUGACAGACCAGAGAGACCGUCAGCUCUUCUCUGAAGCAUCCACAGGUGGCGCUCUGGACUUUAUCCCCUUCUCAGAGAGCAGCAGCGGCUCUGUGCACGGCUGCCUCCUCUACCCCGGGAACCAGGGAAUGGACCGCCUCAACUUCCACAGAGUGGAGCUGCAGCACCACAGAGGAAGUCCCUCGGUCCUGAACGCCAGCAGCAGCGACCCGUUCAGCUUCCAGCUGAAAGGCCCCAUCAGACAGAUCAGCUCUGCCUCCCUGUUCAACAACUGUUGUGUUGCUGUGCGGUCAGAUCACUUGUGCGGAGUUUGGAGGUUCAGUGAAACAAACGAACCUCGUCCGCUGCAGGUCAUCAACACCAGAGAGGUUGCAACCUGCAUCAGUGUCAGUCCUCAUAUUUUAGGUGAAGUUCUGGUGGCAAGCGAGAGCGGAGCAGCGAACCUGUGGACUGUUGGCAAAGGGAUGCAGAAGGUUCGGGAGGAGGAAAGCAACCUGUACUUCAACGCCAAGUCAUCAUGGCGAUGGUGCGAAUUCUCCGCUCACCCGAGGGUGAUGUUAUACGCAGACAGGACUGGGGUGGAGCUCACAGACAUCAGGGCAAGUCCUGUCUGUGGUCACACUCUGUUUAAUAUCAGCAACACCUCAGAGUGUCGGCGAGGAGAGAGACUCAUCCUGUCCAGAUAUCUGGGAGACGUCCACUCCUUCCACCAUCUCAUCACCACUCAGUACUCUGCUUAUAUCAUGGAUGAGCGUUUCCCGUGCGUGCCAAUGCUUAAGUGGGAUCACAUGAUGCAGUCCCCACCCAUGUUUUGCCAUGUUCUUCCUGGCUCUGCCUCUUCUGGCACAGUAGUAGAUGGGGCCAGGACCACUAAGGUCCUGUUGGGCUCCCACAGUUCUCAGGAAAUAACCCUGUUGCAGUACUCAGGAGGCAGAGCAGAGGCCAGUUUUAGUCGAGGUCCUGCUCAGGCUCUGCUCAGACCCAGAGAUAGUCUGAAACACCUUCCUGUCCAGAUUCCUCAUCGCCUGGACAUCGCAAGCAACAGACUGUCCUCACCUGCUGCAGGUCUGACUUGUCUUCAGAAGAAAGGAGCCAAAGAAGCAGGUGGAGAGGAUUGUAUAUGCACGCUACAGCUGACGGAGGCAGGAGAUAUUUUCUACCAGAUCCUUGAGCUGGAGCAGCCGGACAGCGACACAUCUCGACCUUCAGCGGCAGAGGACGAACCACUGCCUCAACAUGCAACAAAAAACCUGCUACAACCAACGCUGACAGAAGCCACAACAUCAGGGAGAAAAACAGCAGGACAACUUGCACCAGAUUCUCCGCUGGAUACAGAGGACGGGUGGAGCGAUGAGGGUGUGAUCGGGCCAACCCAGGGUCCAGCUGUGCCGAGGUUUGUGGCUGAAACACCAGAGAGGGAACAACCAGCAGGGAUCAUGUACACUGACUCUGAUGAUUCAGAGUCAGAAAGGAAAGGUCGAAAGCUGAAGCAGUUGGGUCUGCAGGUUGUUGUCAAUGAUGAUCCAGAACCGGAUCACACAAAUGGAUUGAACGCAGGAGUGAAAGAUGGAAAGGUGGGUGGAGAUAAAGCUGAUGAUACUAAGGAACCCAGCGGUGUGGAGGAAACUCAAGUAAAGCUCAGCGAAGCUGCUCUCAUCACCUGGAAGCAUUGGAUCCAGAAACUGAUGCAAAGAAAUCGUGAAAAGAAGCCCCUCCCACGCUGUUCGCAGCACUUCACAAUCAAAACUGAAGGCUUUCUCCAGAUGCCUGAUGAUGAAACAAGAGAUUCAACAGAAGAGGAACGUGUGCAGAGCUUGAGGCAAGAUCUGAGAGCGUGCAUGUCCAAACGCUCACUGAUGGUUCACAGCACCGUCUCCACCUCCCUCACCGCUCCAGAUGUAGUACCUGUGCCAAACCCAGUGGACACAGAUGUCUGGAGAGAUCAGCUCAGCCACCGCCUGACCCUCUCCUGGCAGGGGGAGGAAGUGUGGCGGGCGUGGUGGGAGGACCAGCUGGGGCUGAACAGGGAGGAGAAGUUGAAGGCUCUGAGGAGGAAGAGGAGGAGGGAGAAGGAGGCGAAGAGAGCUGCUGGCCGGCGCUUGGAGCUGUCCGGGAGCUUCACCUCAUCUCUCAGCUACCAAUCAGAUCUGGACAGUUUCUCUGAUUCAACGGGCUGGUCUUCUGCGGCAAGCCAGGGGUGGUCUGACACUGAAGGGACAGGGCCGUUGUCCCAGUUGGAGAGCUUUUUGGAGCAUGGGACGCCAAAAGCCACAACAUCCUCCACUUUGCAAAACGACACCCCAGUAUCCACACCAAUCGCCACACCUCAAAGUGUUAAAAAUAAAGAAAGUGACCAGCAGACUCCCAGCAGCUCCGGCAUGUUCUCUCUGUCCAGGACUGUAAAAGCAGACUCCACACCUGCCAGUCAGAGGAGGAACAAACGUCCAGCCAAAGACUCCCUCCGCUCUCUGUUCGGACCACAGGACGAGCCCUCACAGCACAACAUUCACUUCCUGGAGGAGGAGAGCAACGUACGAGCCCCACCUCCCCCCACGUCGUCGUUGUCAUCCUUCUCUCAGCUCCGCAGUUCACAGUCUGUCCCUCAGAGGAGCGUGAGGACGGAUCUGUCCCAGGACUCCUCCGUGUGGUCGGGUCUCUCCCAGUCUCUGCCCCUCUCCCAGAGUUCACAGGGUCGACUGGGUUUUUCGCAGGGAUCGCAGGCGUCUCAACCCAAGAAGAAGAAGUCACGAAUGGGAUUUUGAUUUGUUGUUCAGUCCAUCCAUCACUCAGGGGGAGUAUGACAUUUGGAUUACAUCUAGGGACCAGGGGCUGGACCAGCCCAGCCUCAAUUGGAAAAAAAAAAGUCUUGUUUUUUUGGCAUCACUGUGGAUCUAUAUUGGUAUUAUUUACCAGGAUUAUAAUAACAAAAAAUACACACUGGAUCUAAUGAAGGAGGAUAAAGUCACUGAACACUGGAAAAGGAUCCAUCACAGUCUUCAGAAGUCCUGAGUCUGAAGAAGAUUUGGUAGGACUGAGUUGAAUUUAUUAUCUUUGUUUAGUGGUCUUGACUUUUGUUUGCUAGUGCGUGCGUGCGUGCGUGCGUGCGUGCGUGCGUGCGUGCGUGCGUGCGUGCGUGCGUGCGUGUGUGUGCGUGUCUGUCCAAGCAGCCACUGGCUGAGAUGAAAUUUUGCUUUUCAGAAAGCAUUCGCACGGCAGCUUAUUUCAUUCUGUUUUGCAAAGUUUCUGUUCUUACUGGUUCAAUAAAUUCAUAACGCUGUCCAGGGAAACAUCAACAAACCAGAGUUCAGUACAGACUCCAGUGGAGGAUGCAGCUCCUCUGCAGAUGUUGGUUGAGACGGAGAUAAAAGCUGGGAAGAACUGAGCCUUCAAAUGCUGAGAGUAGUGACGUUAAAAAUGUCAAAUAUGAAACAAUCAGAAAUCAAACAGCCACACAACAGUAUUUAGUAGUUUCUCUUCAAAUCAUCAGCAUGUCUGCAAACGACCUGCCGUGAUUGGCCCGUGUACUGGUUGAUUUCAGUGUGUGUAUGUGUUUCUGUUUAGUGACAUAUUUAAAGUCUGGGUAUUGUUGGACCUUUGUCCUUGGCAAUACCACUUGUCAGAUAUCACUCUGUUGUUUUUUACUUUGUUUAAUGAAAGUACACUAGGCACUGGUCAAUUAUUUUCAAGAAACUUUUUAUACAUUUGCUUUUCUGAACAAAACUGAACCAGUUUUCUCAAUAAAACUAUGGCUCCAAGACUCAGGUCCUCAUUGAAAGACAACAGGAACUUCAAUGACUUUUAGGAGGAAAAUACUAAUUAACCAAAUCAAUACAAAAAUACUAUACUACUACUGUAUACUAUAUAUAAAUAUAGAAGUCUCACACUUUACCCCAUGGUUCUGUAUAAUACAACAGGGUAUUGGGGCCACUAAAGGAAAAAAAAACUGAUGUAGAGAAUAGGGUUGAUAAAUAUUUUUGAGAAGUCAUAAAUGAGAAUCAAGUCAGUUUUUACAAGAGAAAUUUUCAGAUUAGUCAUAACUUUGAGAAAGGCUAUAGUAUUUCAUUUUUCAAGGAACAAAGUUGGAACAUUUUUAGGGCAAUUCAUAAUUUUGAAAGAAUAAAUUUGAAACAUUGAGAUAUGUAUCUUAAUAGAGUUAUCAGCUGGUGACAGCAGUCUGUCAGCUUUCACAUGUCAAAUGUAUAGAAGUGGAUGAUCUGAAGUUAUGUUUGACCAAUAAACACUUUAUUAUCAUUA